ACGGAGAAGUGAUUGUAUUAUCUGGUCGUCCUAGACACCGUCUACGACACUAUUUGUGCAAGCGGGAUAUGUCCAACUACAAUCCUCUCUCACCAGCUGACGAACCGAUCACCCGCUCUCGAACGCUCUUCUUCCUCUCCAUCCGCGACUCCAACCCAUUCUCCCGCGCCCGACCUAGUAGAGAAUACGGUCAUCAAAUCAGCCUUGAUGAUGAUGGUGAUGGUGAGGGUGAGGGAGAGAGACUAAUAGGUGGGAGAGAAGGGUGGAAAGAAGUUGGAAUGAAAGGGUUACCGCCAAAAUGGGUAGAUCUGAGCGAGGAGGUGGAGGAGAUUCUGGGACGGACAAGGAACAAGAUCGCUGUUUUAGAUAAGCUACAUGCGAAACAUGUCUUACCUGGCUUCACAGAUCGGUCAGGCGAAGAACGUGAGAUUGAGAAACAGACGAUUGAUAUCACUCGUGAUUUCAGACGCUGUACAUCUCUGAUAAGCAGUAUCACCCCAGAACGCGGCGCGCCUCGUGUGCAAGUAUUAACCACGAAGAAUGUCCAGCGUGGUUUGGCGCAAAAGGUGCAAGAAAUGUCGGGACAGUUUAGAAAGAAGCAAAAAGUUUACAUGUCCAAAUUACAAGGACAUCAGAUUAAGAACAAGGACUUAAUGGUUGCUAGCGGGGCGAUCACAUUAAAGGGUACAGAAGUACUUGAUGAAUUACAGGAAGACGAACAAGCCUCUCAAAACCAGCUCUCCCAAACGCAGCAAGCACAGUCCGCAGUAAACAUUGACAUCCAGCGACGAUCUCGUGAGAUUACCCAGAUCGCAUCUUCCAUUUCUGAACUAGCUGAGCUCUUUCGGGAUCUGGGUCAGAUGGUUGUUGAGCAAGGGACAGUGUUGGAUAGUGUAGAAUGGAAUGUGAUGGAAGCGGCAAAGGAGGUGAAAGGUGGAGAGGAGGAGCUGGUUGUCGCCAGACGCUACCAAGCCAAUACGGCUCGGCGAAAAUGUAUCUUCUUCCUCCUCCUCUGCAUAUUCGCCCUCAUCCUUAUUCUCAUCUACAAACCUCGCUCACAUUCUUCCCCUUCUUCCCCCGCUUCGUCCUCAUCCUUGUUAUCAUCAAAUUCUACAGCUACAUCGUCGUCUUGGGGGAAGUCAACGGCUCGUGUGAGGCCUUCGCAUGCGAAAGGGAGUGGGAAAGGUGGGAUUGUGUUGCCGAGCAGUACAGGCUCAACUGGAAAAGGAAAGGGACGACCGAGUCUUCCGAGACCUCCGCCUUUAGCGAGUACAACGGGUCGGCAUGGGUCUUCAUGAUGAUCUGGAGAAAAGACGGAGAGGGGCCUUGUAUGCCUUUUAUAGUGCACCACCAUAUCAUUGUUCACCAUGAGAAUUGCUUCUAUUGCCC